AUGUACGGGAGUCCCUGUGCAAUGCAGAGCGCACCGUGCCCCUUCGAGAGCCGCUCAGGACAAGAAGGAGCUCCGCUACCCCCCAACCAGCAGCAGCAGCAACAGCAUGAGGGGCAUCAGCAGGGGCGGGUAUUAAAGCUGGAACCGAUCCCAACUGCAGCUGGGGGCCCCUGGAUAACGGAGCAGGUGGUGGAGGUACGUCGGCCUACGAUAGAAGAGCGGGUUGUAGAGGUACCUCAGGUAGCCCUUAGAGAAAGAAUUGUUGAGCAAAAACAGCAUAUUGUUCAAGAAAAGGUAAAGUUUGUUCCUAAGUACGAGACUGUAGAAAGAAUUCAUCAUGUUCCUAAGCCCAUCACCAGAGAGAUCAUCACUGACGUCCCUCAAGUCCAAGUCGUUGAACGCACCGUUGAGGUACCCACCACCAUCUAUCAGGAGGUGUUCGUGCCGGUGCCUAAGCCGGUGUAUGAAGAGCGAAUUCGGGAGGUGGUUCGUCCGGUGUACGUAGAGAAGGUGGUGGAGGUGCCUCGCGUGCAGCAGCAGCAGCAGCAGCAGCAGAGACAGAGUCCAAGAGAUCCGCUUCCCCGCCAUUUGGCGCACCCUGGGAUGGUCUUUAAGAGCGGAGUUGGCCCCACAGCAGGGCCCCCAGGCAGGCAGCUCUCCUGCCCUCUCUCCGCAGGUGCUGCAGGGGGCCCCGCAUCUAGCUGUCUCUUCUCUGCUUGCUGCGGCAACCAACCAGCAACCACGGGGGCCUUAACAUCAAAACCCGUCGUAUACACACAAAGCAGCAGCAGCACUCAACAGAACUCUUACCCGGUGCCUCUACGCUGGAGCACCACUCCGAUCCAGCAGCAGCAGCAGCAGCAACAGCAGCAGCAGCAGCAGCAGGGGUUUGUGAUUGAAGGGGAGGAAGCAGCAGCAGAUGCUGCUGGCUGCUGCUCCAUGCUGAGCCCCCGCAGACGCACAGUGAGGACGCGGGAGUUCGUGUACAGCACAGGAGACGGCGCCAAAGGAGACAAAUACCGUCUCCGAGUUUCAACUGUCUCCCCCAGAGGAAGAAGCAGGCGCCCUUGUGAUGGCUGGUGUACAGAGAGCCCCAGAGCCGUAUCCGUACCCGCACCCAUACGAACGGUUCGCGUAGUUCCUCCUUUCACGCCUUCCAGCACUCCGCGUGUCUUCAAAGCGGACUCUGUCUAUCGUCACCAACUGGAGCAGCAGCGGCUGCAGCAGCAACAGCAGCACCAGCAGCAGCAGCAGUCAGGGGUGGCCUCACCUGACCCGUGGAUCCGCACCAAGUUGGGGGAUAUGCCAUUUGCUGUUUUCGAACGUCUCAACAAUGAAGACGCGCUCAGCCCGCGUCCUGGUGGUGCUGCUGCUGCCUAUAGCUUGGAACAGCAGCAGCGGCAGCAGCAGCAGCAACAGCAGCAGCAGAUGUACCUGCGCAUGCAAAUGCAGCAGCAGCAAGAGGCAAUUGCGGCGCAGCAAAGACAUAUGCAGGAGGAGGAAGAGAGGCGACUCGAGCUGAUACGCCUACAAGCUGAACGGGAGCAGCAGCGCUUGCUGCACCUGCAGCAGCAGCAGAAGCAGCAACAAGAAGAAGCCCGGCGCCUCUAUGAGCAGCAAGAACGACAGCGGCUGCUGGAGUUGCAGCGUCUAGAGGAGCAGCGCAGAGAAGCAGAACAGAGGAGACAGCAGGAGCUGCAGCAACUGCAGCAACAGCUGCAGCAGCAGUUGCAGCUGCAGCGGGAGCAGCAAGAAAAGGAGCUGCAGGAGAGGCUUGAGGAGGAGCGCCGCAGAAGGGAAGAGGAGAGACGCAAGCUUGUAAAGGAGUUGCAGGAGAAGAGAGAGCAAGAGGAGCGGCUGCAGCGGCAGCGGCAGCAGAAGCAAAUGGAAGAGCUGCUGCAGACACAAGAGCGGCAGAGAAAAGAGCAAGAAGAGAGACAGCAGCGGUUCUUAAAAGAGCAAGAGGAGGCACUAGCCAGUCUGCUGCAGCAACAGCAGCAGCAGCAGAAGCAGCUCCAGGAGGAGCUGAAGUCCCACCACGAACGGCUGAGGCAGCAGCAGGAGCUCCUGCGCAUUCAGCAGGAAGAAGCGGUCAAGCAGCUGCAGCGAGACCAUCUGCAGCAGCAGCAGCGCUUCGCAGCAGAGGCCAACCGCAGAGCCGAAGCGCUGUGCAGCCAGGAGCCGCUGCCAUCGCAGUACGCCUGUCGUCUGUCUGCUGAGGUGCGUGAGAAGGUUCCGGUUUACGUACACCUCCAGGUGUACAAGCAGCAGCAGCAGGAGCAGCAGGACGAACAGCAGGACGAGCAGCAGCAGCAGCAGCAGCGCGUGGGGUGGGAGUUGGAGCUGGAGUGCGUGUUUUGCGGUGCAGAGAAGCCGGAGCCACUGAUAGAGACAAGAAUGGGGUUAAUGCCUUACUCCGAGUUUGUUGCUCUAAACCAAGCAGACGCCCUAAAGGCAAGCCCCAGGAGUGGGUGCAUUCCUUUAAUGGAGACGAGUACGUACACUGGGACAAGCCCUCGGGGCAGUGCAGCUGUGUUUGAAGGAGUGGAGACAGUUACUGGGGUGUCUCCUUACGUUCCUGCAUCUUAUGUAACUUAUCCUUGGACGUCGGUGCAGCAUCUGCAGCAGCAGUACGUAUAUCCCACUGUCUCCCCUGCUGCUGCUACCUACUGGGCUCCAGAGACACCGCGCGGAGAUGGGGGCCAAUGUGUCUUUCCGAACGAAGGAGAGACAGAAGCAAUUAAGGCGGAGGCCCAGCGCAUUAGCAGAGAUGCACUGGCAGUAGGGACUCAGGUGUAUGGAGGAGUAAAGAGUGCUGUCUCCUCGGAGGCUACACAAGGCCUGCUACGCUCUGUUGGGGAGAUGGUUGUGGAUGCAUACGGAAGGCUUAGGGGUAGCCGUUCCUAG